UCAGAGCAACAAUCGUGCGUAGAUAGAUAUAACUAGGAGAUGACAGCACAUUCUAUUAACCAAUUAGUGCCAAAAUCCCACGAUCAAGACUUAUAAAUACAUCUCCCAUCUAAAGGCUAAACCAUCAGUCAUAGCAUCAACAAUAUAUAGUCAUUAUCCAGCCAGUUAAUUCAAUUUCCCUAGAAAAAAAUCAUCAUCAGAACCAUCAUCAUGGCGGAGGAGGAGAAGCACCACCACCACCACCUUUUCCACCACAAGAAGGAGGGGGAGGAGGAGAACAUAGUUGAUGAGGCAGCAGCUCAUAAAUAUGAGAAAGAAGAGAAGCACCACAAACAUCUUGAGAAGGUUGGGGAGCUCGGUGCUGCUGCUGCUGGAGCCUACGCCUUGCACGAGAAGCACGAAGCAAAGAAGGACCCUGAGCAUGCCCACAGGCACAAGAUAGAGGAAGAGAUUGGUGCAUCACUUGCAGUUGGUUCUGGUGGAUUUGCACUCCAUGAGCACCAUGAGAAGAAAGAUGCCAAAAAAGAAGAGGAAAAAGCCGAGGGAAAGCACCAUCACCACCUCUUCUAGCUGCCCCGCCCCCCUUCUCAAAAUAUGCAUUUCCUUUUAUAUUCCAAUGUUAUGUGUGUUUUUCUUGAAGAGGGAUCCUGGCCUGAAUAAUUCUGUGUGAAUAUGCCUUGAGAAUACCUUUAUGAAUUGGCUGAAAUCUUUGGAUUUUGGUCGAUUUGAUCUUAACUAUUGUUGCUGCUAUAUAUAUAAGUGAUGUAUUGUUGUUCAGAUUUCAUACUUGUGAUGGAUUAUCAUCUCAACUAUUGGACAUGGUUUUUCUGCACUU